ACACACAGAAUGUUUUUGAGAAUGGAUAUACUUAGCUCCAUAUAACCUUCCAAACACACCUUCAAAUGGACAUUAUACAUUCAUGCAGUGAUCUGAUUUUUUUCCCUGGGAGCUCAGGGGAGUUGUUCAUGGCGGAUGGUCGGCUAAAAGAGGCCCAGUUCUGCAUAGCUGAGGCCAGCGCGCUAUUCCCAAGCUCGUACUCGGUGAUGCUGCAGCGGGGUCGCCUAGCCGAGCUCCGGGGCCAACUGGAAGAAGCCAAAGGCUGGUAUGACGAGGCCCUGGCCCUCCAUCCCACAGGAGAACGCAUACUUGUGCACAUGAUCCUCUCUAUUAUUUCCGCACUAGAAGAUCCUCUCUCACCCACUCCCACCCACUCCCUCGUCCAGUCUGUCUUGCCGAUGGUCGUCUGGAUGAACCUCAGCUGAUCUGACCUUUGAACUCUCUCUGUUGUCAUGGUGAACCGAUCGGAGAGGGUUAUUCCCCUAAAUCCGAGACUCACACCGCCCGACACAGAAUAUCUGUUGUUGCCAUAGUGACCAUAGAUGUGCCGGUUGAUAUAUAUUUUCAACUUAGGUGCUAGCCACCUUGUGACCACAUAAGGCUAAUGCUUUUGCUCCCACAGCACUGUGCACUUUAGUGUGUGUGUAUUUGCAGUCCCAUUGGGGUAGACAGAGGUACGCUCCUCUUCCAUAUUUGGCCUGUGGGAGGAGAACCAAUCCCUGGGGGUGUAAAGUUGAAACAAAGCCAGCUGGCAGUGUCCUACUCUGGGUCUCUUACAGGGCAGAUGUGUUCUCUGAAAAGUGUGAGUGUGUGUUUGCGCGCAUGUGUUUGUGUCUUCCUCCAUGGAUUUGGCGCACAUGUGGACUGUUUUGGACUUUUUUUUGUAUGCAUGUUCUUGGAUUAAGGCACGUUGUAGUACGCAGAAAUAAAAACGCUGCUAUCUAGAUAUAUUGUGGAUUAUGUAUUACACACUUAUCGGCCAGUGUGCUAAAUACAUACAUUUUUGCUUUGUGUUGGACCUUAAGUGGGGCAGUGUGUGGGACAUUUUAUGUGUAGCACUACCCAUCGUUCUGGCUUGCAUCAGAAUAAAGCCUUCACAUGCUGCUACAUACUCUGCAGCUCUGGAUUCAUGCAUUUAUUUUUACACUGUAUCUGCUGUGGACACUUUGUGUGCCGAUGGCCCAUUUAUCCUGCUGUGCCUUGAGGGGAAAUCUGAUGAUGUUCUUAGUUGAUAUUCUUACACUUGAGCUAUUAUUCUGCAAAAGUACAUACUGUUCUUUCCUUGAAUG